CCUCCGCCGAGCGCAGGCAGCUCCCGGCGCGGCCCCGCUCCGCCUCUGGCCCCGGUUUCCGGGAGGGGCCCGCGGCCCGGCCCUCGCGCGCGGUCCAAGCCCCGGUCCCGGCCCCGGCCCCGGCCGCCGCCGCCGCCAUGGUGCCCCAGCAGCUGCGCCUCGGCGCCGCCGCACGUGGCCAUGGCGGCUAUGAUUCUGAUUUCAGUGAUGAGGAGAAUGGAGAGAAGUCCGUGCAAAAGACUAAAAGCACAAAGGAAGAGAGCCUUCUGGUAAAGCCAUUCCAAAAAGCAAAACAAGGCAGUGUGGCUCACAGACAAUUUGCAGCUGAAGAAUGGGAUAGGGAAGAAGCAAGAAAAAGAAGGUUUCACUUGAUAUCGAUGGAUGCUUAUGAAAGACAUAAAAAGUUUGUGAGUGACUACAUUUUAUACUAUGGUGGCAAAAGGGAGGAUUUCCGACGUUCUGGAGAAAAUGACAAGACGGAUCUUGAUAUUAUAAGAGAAAACCAUAGAUUCCUGUGGAAUGAAGAUGAUGAAGCAGAUAUGAAUUGGGAGAAGAGACUUGCCAAGAAGUAUUAUGAUAAAUUAUUCAAAGAAUACUGUAUAGCAGAUCUCAGUAGAUACAAAGAGAAUAAGUUUGGAUUUAGAUGGAGACACGAGAAAGAAGUAAUUUCAGGAAAAGGUCAGUUUUCUUGUGGAAAUAAGCACUGUGAUGAGGAAGAAGGCCUGAAGAGCUGGGAGGUGAAUUUUGGUUAUGUUGAACAUGGUGAAAAGAGGAAUGCACUUGUGAAAUUGAGACUAUGUCCAGAAUGUUCCUACAAACUAAACUUCCAUCACCGGAGGAAAGAAAUCAAAGCAAGCAAGAAAAGAGGCACAGCUGUACUGAGCUCUAAAGAACCAAAAGUUAAGAAGACAAAAUUAUCUCGUUCAACAAAAAAGAAGUCAAAAAAAAAGACUCAUAAAGAUGAGGUUUCUUCAGAAGAUUCAGAUAAUUCUGAUAAAGAUUCAGAUGUGCAAGAUGGUCCUUCAGAUGCUGAUUUUUGGAAAGGUCCUCUACAAGAAACAGAUGAAAAAUCACGGGAAGAAGAGUUUGAUGAAUACUUUCAAGACUUGUUUCUCUGAAAUUUGAAAUUGAUUGAAAACUAUUUCCAACAAACGGCAAGUGUUCAAGAGGAUUGUAAAGAGACUGAUCUAUACUAUCCUAUGCAAAGCAGAAAUCCACUGGGGCUCAUUGAAGUUCUUUCUCGAUAUCUUUUCUGUAGCAGAAACAGUGUCUUUGAGACAAAUUACAAAAUUAUACAUGUUUUGGAUUUUCCGUCCUCUCCACCUCCACCACCACCUCCAGCUGCAUUUUCAGCUAAAAAAAAAAAGAAAAAAAAGUAAAGUGAGUAUUUCCUGUUACUUUUAGUUGCUCUCAUUCCUUGUUUAAAAAGUGUUGCUUCUGUUAUAAGGAUAUUAUAUGUGUUUGACCUUCUGAAAAUUGAAAGUGUUUUUGCUACUUGUCUGGGAAAAUGGAAUAUGUAACAACAGUACACACUAUAAGUACAUGUAAGUAUAUGAAGUACCAGUUGAUACCCCAUUUCUUAAGGACCAAACACACUGAACCACUCUCCCUGGAAAGUUUCAGUAGUUUAUAUAACUCUCUCCCACACAUACAAAACUGAAGUAUGCAAGCCAUGCAAAAGAAACUCUUGGUUCGAUAUCAUCUUUGAAAUUAUUUUUGAAGGAGAUAAUACAAGAUUUAAUUUGACCUAAUUGUAUGAACUUUGAUCCAACCCUGCAUGAAUCCCAUGGUAAUAACCAGUUAAGAGAAAGACUGCUUAAAUAUUUCUUAUCUAUAGCUACUGAUUCUGUUAAUAUCUCACUCAAAUGAUUCCACAGAUGUUUAUUGGUCACAGUUAAGAUUCUUCCAAUGUAAUAAAUUGUGUUUCCAGAUUCAUUUAAGGUAAGAUACCAAUAUUAGAAUUAAAACUUACAUUUGAAAGCUGUGGAUCACCAUGUUACUAGGUCAUUUUCGACCCUUUCCACCUGCAUUGAAACAUGUCACAUAAUCAGUGUCCUACCCUCUGUAAUUUGUGGAUAUAAUCAACACUAUGUUACUAAAUAUGUAUUUUAUUUUCUUAGUUAAAUACUGUAUACUGUUUUAGUUUCUGUUCUGAACUUUCCACUGUAGUGGUUCAGCAAGUAUGUUUAUUUUGUUUUCUGUCUACUGAAUGGCUCAGAAUAGCCAGGUCAGUGUGAUCUAGAGAAAUGACCGUGGUUCAGCAUGCAUCAUGGUAUUGUUUGUAUGAACUGAUUUAACAAACGCAUAUAUUUACAUGGCCUUGAUUUGACAGUGUCAGAUCUGUUCUUCACAAAUGUGCAUGACCUCAUUCCAAUGCAAAUUUUGAAAGAGACAAAAUAAUUCACUUGUAUUUUUUUAUACUAAUUAUGAUAUGCAAAGAAGACCAGAUCUUUAACUCCUGUAAAUCAGUCUGUCCAUGCCAGCCUGUGUAAAGUUCCCUGUGGGAAAAUAUUUCUUUCCCUAAGUCAGUGAUUUAACUGACUCCAAAAUACCAAUGAUGUGAGAUGGUCCUGCCUUCAGGUGGGAACAUCAGUAUAUGAUUCUUCCUAAAGUUCUAAAUUCCUAAACUAUUACUUUAUUUCUAGCUAAGAGGAACCUUAAGAACAGAGACUUCAGUAACUAUCUUCUUUGCUAAAAAAGCAAAUAUGUAAUGAGGUUUGGCUUUUGCUGGUAUUUCUGUGAAACUCAGAUGCUUACAUCCCAGUGUUCAUAUUCAGGACCAGCUAGUUCUCAGCAAUAAAUUAAUAAAAUUAUAAGAUUAAUUGGGAAAAAAAAUAAAAAAAGCCUUUUAAAAUAAAACAGAGAGAGAAUGGAGUGGGCUUAAUUCCUAUGAGAUUGUAAGUGGUAUCACAGUGUGAAAAAUAUUUCAUAUAGUUUUAUUGUAAGUUGUUUAACAGUUCAUGUAAGAAUAUACAUGCUAACUGUUUGGAGGAUAAUAUUUAAUUUGGCCUGAUAAAAUACAAUGCAUUUUAAACUUUAAAAAAUGUGUUGGUACAAUAAUAACUUGACUCAGAUCUCUUUCAAAAACCUGCUCUGAUUAAAUCAUGUAGCUUACAGUGCUUUCUUAAUAAGUACAGGAACAUUUUUAAAAUUGUAGCCUAUUAACAACUUUUUUAGGAGCCAAUAACUUUCUAGUUCUGCUUCAAAUUCUGACAGUAACUUGAUGGGUAGCCUUGAAUAACCUCUCUUUUGUGUGAAAUCUGGAAAAUACUCACCUAUUUCCCACAGACACUGAUCAACAAAUAUUCAGUACUGUUUUGUUUUACAGAUGCAAUAUAAACUGUAAGAGUAAACUAACUGUUCUUUAAAUUAGCUGACAAUGAAUCAUUCUCUAGAAAUCACAAUUUGUUUUUUAAUCUCUGAAUUUCUUCAGUCAUCUCAGCUGAUUACCAGAGCUCAUGCUCCACAUGUAAUACAGAAUAAAAGUAACUGACUAAUUUCACUCUUACACUUGGGUGAUAGGUUCUCAGUUUCUAUAAAAUGAGAUUAUCUUCUGGGUUAUCAUAUGCAAAGCCAUACUUUCAAUUUAAGGACUUGGGCUCUCUUAGAUUAGUGUUAAAUUUGUACUAUGAGAGCAUAUUUUAACCAAGGAACUGAUGACAGGAAACUAGAGCCAAAAGCUUUAUCUCAAACUUGGAAGAGGAGCGGGGAUGUUCCAAAAACACACUGUCCAUUCUCAUCCCUUUUCCUUAAGUUUUUGUUUUUAGCUUAAAAAAAGCAUGUGAAUACAUUUGAGGCUGAUGCCAUGCAGAAUUUUGAUACAUCUCAUAUUUCAGGUGGUUGUUAACAUUGACAGAUAAAUAGAGGUGAUUAAUUACAUUCAGUUUUAUGUCUUAAGAAUAAAGAAAUUUUACAUUCCCUUCACUUCUGUUAUUAACAUUUUCUGUAAUCAUGCAGUUUAGAAAAUGAGGUCAGUGUACUGGAUUUGUGUCAUCUUGAAAGGUUACUCCUCUUUCAACUAAGGAUAAAGCUAAUUUGGCUAAAUCAGAACUCACAUAUCAUUAGUGUUAAGAAUAUUGCACAAGUGUAUUGCAUGUGUGAAUUUUACAGAGAGAGAACACGUUGACUGCCUUACAUAUACAUGAAGGAAAAUCUUAGAAGUUAUUUAACCUUUUUUGGCAGCUUCUUCUUCUUCCUUUUUCUUUUGGUCCUCAAUUACUUUCAUCUUUUCUUCAUAUUCAUCAGCCCGUGUUUUCCACUCAACUCUGUUGUUUUGAAGACCAUCGAACAUAGGUGUAAUUUCUUUGUGAAACCUUGAGAAUUCCUGUACAAUCAAUUUAAAUUAAAAAUUAGUAAAUUAGAAAAUUUUGUAAUUAGUAAAUUAGAAAAUUUCCUAAUUAGUAAAUUGUAAACACUGAUGAUUUCUAAAGUCUGAAUUCCCAGAAAUACUGCUGCUUUGCAGAUAAAAACAUUUGAAUUCGUUUUUCUAUUAAAUCUAAUUAUUUCAGUAUGUAUACUAGAUGAAUUAAUUUUAUUUGAUUUCACUUUCUUUUGCAACCACUUGCAAAAGUAUCUGGUAGUGUUAUUAUCUGGUAGUGUUUUUUUCUACAGAAUGGAAAAACAUUUUUAAAAUGUGCCAGUACCUGCCAGUGCAUAUUUGAGAGCAUAUUCUUGGUGGCCUGCAAUGGUGGUUUAUUCUAUGAUACCUGGUAUUUUAUCAUGUGAUUAUAAAUAUCAGAAUAUAAUGAUAAAGUCUAGUAUCCCAUAGUAUAUUCCAAGCAGAUGUAAUAUUUUCAUAUCUUCAGGUACACAUUGUUUUUCUGUGAUAUUUUGGGUUAAUACGAAAAGCUAGAUGGUUAUUAACAAUGUUGACAUUUCAUUGCUUUCUAGAAGACACAUAAUAGCUAUACUUCCAGAAUGUUGCAAGUUUUCUGUUCCCUUCACUGUGCCGUUAAUUGGAUUCUGUAACCAUGUACAUGUUGUGUAUUUAUACUAAAUGGGACUGAAGAUUCAGGCUAGGCUUUCUAAUUCAGUCUUUCAAGGAAGGUAGUAACAAAACUUAAGUGCCCUUGAGUUUCAUUGAGAUCUUCAGUUAAUAUCACCUCUUGAAUUUGCUUUGUGGUAGCAAUUCUUCUAUGUAACAAAAGAUUGAAAAAUUGUGGUAGUUGUGAUAGUUAUUUACCCUAUAAAUAUGAAUCCUGCUGCUCUCUAGAUUUUAUUUGAUGCAAUGGUUUGUCCCUAAUUGCUCCAUCAGAACUGCUGUAGUGGGAAAACCAAAAAUAUUAUUCUUACCUUGUACACAAAUGUACACACAAAAUCUAUGAAACCAACUUGGAGCUUAGGUAGUUCGUCUCCUUUGUUUCUGUCCAUCAUGGGCUAGAACAGAAUAGCAGUAAUUUAGAUCAUGCAGACAUCAUUCUUUUGGAUGUAAUGAUCUAAUAAUCAUCAUGGACAAUUAUCUAUUCAAUAUUUAAACAAGAGAUAAUAUUGCUUAACACAGUUAAAUUAUUUAGUGCUUACAAUUGGUUGUUGCUGUAGCACAGUUCGUUCCAGGUCACCUUGCUCCCAGAAUUCAUUUGCAACCAUGAGGGCAACCUGAGAAUCAUAAUUCAAUGGAAAUGUAAGCAGAAAGUAGUCAAUUUGAAUGAAUUAAUUAAUAAAUAAAUAAAUAGAUAAAGGAAAGGACAAAGCUUUCCAGAAAAUUUGAAAAUGUUGAUUAACUCAGACUGGCAUAAUACUGUUUAAAUCAAUGUAUUCUCAAUUUGGUAUUUGGUAUUUAACUUCACACCCACAAAAGAGCAUUUAUUUCUUGCUAGCUGCAUUAUAAACAGAGAAUUAUGGUCAAAAACAAUUCAAUUCCACUCAUUAAUCCCUUCUGAGAUAGUUGAGUAUUUCUUUCAAGAAUUACAGACAAUCUCUGGUGUGCUUUUUCCAGCAAGUAAAAUAUCUACCAUUUUGAAAUUCUGGUGCAUACUGACUGAAUGACAGAUUAUCAUCAGCAGUACCAUGACAAUACUAUCAACACAACAGAAUCUUCUAGUUCUUGUAAUGCAUAUUAUGUAGAAUGCUCCACAAGCAUCUUGCAGCUGUAUUUGGAUUAUGCGUUAUUAAAACCUAUAUCCGUAAGACUAACAGAUGAACUUGAGUGUGAUGGUCAAUAAGUACUGAAGUAUUUGAGGUACUUAUCUACAACACAGUGUCACACUGUAUUACUGAAUUUAUUUUUAGCAUGAUUAAGCUACUUUGAAACAGCACCAAGAUCUACAGAAGAAGCACAAUUCAUUCAAAUUGUGCUGUUGUGAAAUCUGUACCUUAAAAGUACUUGAAAAAUAGCAAAAAUUGGAUAACACAAAAAUAAUGGAUUAAGAUUUAAGGGUAGCUAGAACAGGUGACAGAAUCAGAGAUUUUAGCUGACUGACAAGUAGAAAAGGGUAGAUAAACUGUAGUGUGGGUGGAAGAGGGCAUCAUGGAACCCUUAUGCUCUCAGUGACAGAUAAAUAAAGGUUGUUUUCUGGAAAGAUAGUUGGGUGCAAAUAGUUAAAUAUCUAUCUAAUGAUAAUAAGUAAUAAAUAUUUUUUUAAUGAUCAUGUAGCAAAUGGGCAAUAAAACAGCCAGCAAAUGCAGCACUGUCUGAAAAGUACCUACUUUACUCUGUACUUCCCAAGGCUUGGUUAUGGCAGACAAGUCACAUCCAGUCAUCAUCAUAGCCCUUUGAAAAUGUAAGGCAAAAUGGAAUAUGAUUAGGAUGAUGAAAGAAAAGAAAGGGGAAAAAAAAAGAAUACAGAUUUUUUUUCAGGUGUUUAGAUACUUAAGAUACAGAUGGAUGCACCUUUUGAGAAUCCUGUAGACAUCUAUUUCUUAUUUAAAAUCAUGGUUAUGCUCAUCAUCAUACAAUAACACCAAGUCUCAACUUACAUAUCUAGGUGCCCAAAUACUUUUAAAAUCUGGCUGUAGAUAACUGAUUGAAUAAAAAGUAAGAUAUUAACCACCUACAUGAUGACUUCUUUUUUGGUUGGGUCAAUAGAUAUAUAUUUAAUGGCUUCCUCUUCUGUUUCCAUUUUUUCAAUUGCAUCCACAAUCUUUUGAAACAUAGUCCUUUUCCUGUGAAAACAUACCAAUAAACCAUAUAGUAGUGAACAAAAAUUCCUGCAUCAAAAAUAGAAAACCAUAUUUCUCAUAUUUAUGCUUUUCCAAAAUUGUAUCCUGGUCACAACAGUUUCAGAGUGAUGCCUUCUUUCCACCAAACUCAAGGUUUCUAGUUAACCUAACACAUCUAAAUUUUGCUGUAUACCAUUGAGAUAUAUUCUAGCUCCUGACAAUCACAUAACCAGUUUCCUGACUCUGCGUAUUAAACUGUUUGGGGUGACAUUCUUGUUUUAGUAUUAUAUUUUCCUUAAUAUUAUCCCUUCCAGUAACAUAAUGAAUUGUGAAAAUUGAAACAAAUAGCUAAUAAAUGUUCUUCAACUCUGUCUCGUCAUAUGUCAACAAAAGUCAUAAAACCUGACUGAAAACUCUGAAAAAUAUAGAUGUCUUAUUAUUGCUUAAUAAAUCCUUUAAUUUGCAUAUAUAAUGAAUUAUAAAGUUAAUUUUCAUUAAAAUUAACUUAUUUCUGUUGAACAACUUACUAAACUUUUUCUGUCUCCUGGCUUUAAAUUGUCCAAGUCAUGAGACAUCUGGACCAAAAAAAAACAAAAGCUCAAUACCCUGUUUAAAAGCAUGUUAAGUUAGUAAACUUGAAACAGGAUAGGUAAUUUAUCUCUGAAGUCUUUCGGAUAUUUAGCACUGGGAUCACUUGAUGUCUGUUCUUAAACCAGAAUGUCAAUUUCCAUGUCAUAAGCAUGUUCCUGUUUAGUAUGAGUAGCUGUAGUAUGGUACACUAAAUACAUGCUGACAACCUUACUACUAGGCUACAGAAUCCACACUUCCGAAAUACAUGUACAAUGUCUGCUGUAACUAAACGCAUAUUUGAAUGACCUGUUGUAUGUAUAUGAAGUAUUACAGACACUUAACUAAAUUUGAAAGUUUAUAAAGAAA